CAUGGGGACGAGGCAGCGAAGUGACGGGGGCGCCGUCCGUGACGUCAUCAGAGCGCGCCGGAAAGUCCUCCCCCGGCGGCUGGAAACGUGCUGCGAGGCGGCCGCCUGGCGGGGGGCUCGGUUGUUUCCCGUUGACAUGGUCUGAGCGCCGACUGAAUGAGCCCGAACCAUGGCGGCCAGUGGCGUGCAGUUCAAGACGAACUAUGCUGUUUCCAGCAAAAUUGAACCAUUUUACAAAGGAGGAAAAGUACAGAUGAAUAAAGAUGGAACGUGUAUGUUCUGUUCAUGUGGAACUAAGAUCAAUAUCUUGGACAUUGGAACAGGAAAGAUCUCAAAGAGCAUUGAACAGGAGGAUCAAGAAGAUAUUACCUGCUUCACUGUAAGCCCUGAUGAUGAGAUGCUGGUGACAGGGAGUCGUGCCUUACUCUUAAAGCAAUGGGACUGGAAAGAGAAUGUGUGUAUUCGUACAUGGAAAGCUAUUCACACGAGUCCAGUGGCUAGCAUGGCUUUUGACUCUACCUCAACUUUAUUGGCCACAGGUGGAUGUGAUAGUACCAUCAAGAUCUGGGAUGUUAUCAAGCAGUACUGCACACACAAUCUGAAGGGCUCAUUUGGAGUUGUCCACCUUGUUGAAUUUCAUCCUGAUAUAUCACGUCUCCAACUUUUCUCCUCUGCAAUGGACAAUAAAAUACGAGUUUGGAACCUGAACACCAGCAAGUGUACUAUGGUGCUGGAUGCUCACUACAGUGCCGUGACUUCAUUGGCUUUCACUUUGGAUGGAAACACACUUGUCAGCUCUGGCCGAGAUAAAAUAUGUACUGUAUGGGACUUGACAACCUACCAAUCACAGAGAACAAUUCCUGUGUUUGAAACUGUGGAAGCAGUAACGUUACUACCAGAAGAUGAGGAUUUCACUGCCUUGGGAGUGAUGAGCAAAGAACAGCAUUUUAUCACAGCCGGCAGCAAAGGGAUCCUUCGGAUUUGGGAAGCUAAUUCUGGAAAAUGCAUAUAUUCCCAGCAUGUGCCUGGUAAACCUAAAAAGGAAACUGAAGAUGAUGCAGAUGAGCAAUCUCUGACUCACUGCAUGCUUAUCCUGGCAACAAGGAAGCUAACCACAGUAACUGCUGAACAUAACAUCCUCACCUAUGAUCUGUGCACUCUGAAACUUGAGCGUCAGUUUGUUGGUUAUAAUGAUGAGGUGCUGGACGUAAAAUUCCUGCGACCUUCUGACACGCACAUUGUGGUAGCCACAAACAGUCCACAGCUGAAAGUUUUUGAGCUAGCAACAAUGAAUUGUCAAGUCCUAUAUGGUCAUACAGACACAGUAUUAGCUCUGGAUGUUUUUGAACAAGCUGCCGAAUUUGUCAGUUGUUCUAAGGACAAAACUAUUCGAGUCUGGAGAAUGAAUGAAGAGACUGGCAAAGUGAAAUGUGUGGCGCAGGGGUUAGGACAUGUCAACACUGUUGGUAUUAUUUCGUGCUCACGAUUGAAGGAAAAUUUCAUAGUUAGUGGUAGCCAGGAUUGCACCUUAAAGCUGUGGAACCUUACAAAAUCCCUAACCACUAGGAGUGCUGAAAAAGCUGCAGAGCCUGAAGUUCUUCGUGCUGGUUUGACAGAGAAGGCUCAUGACAAAGAUAUAAACAGUGUGGUCAUUUCUCCAAAUGAUAAGCUGAUAGCAACAGGCUCCCAGGACAGGACAGCAAAGCUCUGGUCAUCUGCUGAUCUCUCACUCAUGGGAGUAUUUCGAGGCCACAAACGUGGGAUUUGGUCUGUCCAUUUUUCUCCUAUGGAUCAAAUCCUUGCUACCUCUUCAGCAGAUGGCACUGUGAAACUGUGGGGACUUAAGGACUUCAACUGUUUAAAGACAUUUGAAGGCCAUGAUGCAUCAGUACUGAAGAUUAUUUUUGUCAGCCGUGGAACUCAGCUGUUGACAAGUGGGUCUGAUGGUCUCCUGAAGCUCUGGACCAUUAAAACCAAUGAAUGUGUAAAAACAUUAGAUGCCCAUGAGAAUAAGGUGUGGGGUUUGCAUUCUAACAAGAAAGAUGACUUGGUUGUCACUGGAUCUGGAGAUUCGUGCAUAAUUAUCUGGAAGGAUGUUACAGAGACUGAGCUUGCUGAAGAGCAGGCCAAACAGGAAGAGCAAAUUUUAAAGCAACAAGAAUUAUCUAAUUUAUUGCAUGAACAGAAAUACUUGAAAGCUUUAGGAUUGGCCAUCUCUUUGGACCAGCCUCAAACGGUACUGGUUGUGAUUAAAGCUCUUCUUGGUGAAUGUAAUGGGCAAGAAAAACUGGAAUCAACAAUCCUCAAGUUGCGACAGGAUCAAAAAGAGUCUGUUUUAAAGUUCUGCAUGGUAUGGAACACAAACUCUAAAAACUGUCAUGAAGCUCAGCAUGUCAUCCAGAUCCUCCUCAGAAAUGAAACUCCCGAACAUCUUCUUCAGUACAAUGGAAUUAAGGUUGCUCUGGAGGGACUGAUCCCCUAUACUGAGCGGCAUUUCCAGAGAGUCAGCAGGUUGCUGCAGGCUUCUAUGUUUUUGGAUUAUAUGUGGCAGAAUAUGAGACUGACUGGUAAAUCCAGUGAUCCUGAUCUACAAGCUGAAGAAAUGGAGGUCGAGCCAUCAUCUCCAUUGGACAAAACAGCUAAUGGGAACAAAAAGACAACGAUUGCACCAACAAACAUUUGUACCCAGAGAUACGAGUCUGAAGAAGAUGAAGAUAAUGAUAGUGACAGCAUUGCAUUGGACAAAGAAAGUUGCAACAAACAAAAGCGUCUUCCACCCCUUGGGGAGUACUUCAAAGAGAAUCGGGCCCCUCAUACGGAAAGUGAGAGUGAAUUGGAGGAAGAUGGAAAUGCUGGUGAUCAAAUAGUAAAGAUAACUGUAGAAAAAGUGAAACAAAAGCAACCUAAUAUCAGAAAGAAAUCAAAAUCUGGCAAAAUGAACUGAGCCAUAUAAUUUGUGAAUUCUUUUCCUUUAUAUGAACACAAGCAUGUGAUUUCUAAAAAGGACAAUUCUAAUUUUAUAUUUUCAGAUCAACAUUUUACAAUAAAGUUUCCAUAAUGCUAAGCACAUUUUUUAAUACAAUAUCUUUAUGAUCAUCACUGGGUAAAACAUUAGCUUUUAAGUUAUUAAAGCUAACUGCAUGGAGUAUCAUCACAGUUUAUUUUAACUUUAGUGAUGGUAAAAAGGGUAAUUCCCAUUUUUCUCCAUGUAUUAUCUGCAUAUAAAUUUUCAAUAUGUGUUUGGUGCUUUGGCAUGGUGCAUGUUAAUGCUUCUAAAAUAAUGAAGAAUUCAUUUUAAUUCACUCAAAUUUUAUUGAAACCAUGUACCUUGUAAACAAAAGUGAACAACAUUGAGUUAUCUCCUCCUGGGCAUUUUCUCUUAUGUUCUAUUUUCAGUUUAGAAAAACUUUUCUUUUUCCAUGGGCUACAGGAUGAGUAAUCAAAUUGAGAUGAUUCAGGAUGAAUAAUCUUGAUAUUUUACUUAAAUGGAGUAAUUAAAAGUUACUGUCAAUAACAUUUACUCCUGUUAUUGACUAAUGCAGUUUCAAUAAUCUGAAACAUUUGAGCAUUACUUGAAAAGUUAUGAUAAAAUUUUGAUGUCCUAACUUGAAUGCUUCUUCCUGAUCAACAAACUUCAUGCUGCCAGUUCACAUUUUUGGAUAUCCAGUCUUUGUAUUGGUUUUUAAUUCUGAACAUUUUUUGCAAUUUUUUUGGGUUAAUUUCCAAAUAAAUAGGGGAAAAGAAAUUGGAAAUAAACACGAGAGAUACAAUCAGGUCGAGCCCACAGUAAAACCAUAAUAUUGUUCUGUGUCCACUAUCUUGCAUCUAAUUGGCUCAAUGAAUAUGUGUAGAUUCCAAUUACAGUAUACAAGAAAUAAAAAAAAAAUUGGGACAUUCCCAGAUGAACGAGAAAUGAAAUCUAAUUUUUGCAGUUUUCUGCUCUGUAUGUGCCACUCUUUCUUGGGAUUAGACAGCGCACCAGUAACCUUCAGAUGUGACCAUCAUGGUGAAUUCAGCCACAAGUAAUGUCAUUUAAGCCUGACUAAACUGCAUGCAUACUUUUAAGCUGAGAUCUCUAGGUAACGGUAAGACAUAAAUUGGUUAAUGUUUCAUUUCCUAUAACGCUCUCUUUGUUAUCACCUAGCUCACUGUCAACAAUAAAACCUAGUCCUGAGCUAUUCAUUUCGAUAAAGAACUGGGUUGAGUCACUUAGAAAGCUGGGUAGGAGAACAGAUAAUUUGAUUUAUUGUUUCAGCUUGCUUGGACUUGUUUUAGACUUUUCUCCAAAACCAAACAUAUAUUACUGCCUUCUGAGUUAUUAAUGAAGUUGACGUGUCAUGCAA